CAGCAUGACCCACUAAAGAAAGAAAACAGCACUCAAGAGCCUCCGUCUAGGUGGAGAAUUAUCCAAUCAGCGGGCGUACUAAGGCACGGGCUUCCGCUAGCAUGUUCCAUUGAUUGAUGGGGGACUAAUGGGCGUCUCAGUUUAGAACACGUCGGAAAACAAGGAUGCGGUUGCUUGUUUAGUUAGGGAAAAAGCACACGGGAAGACGAAGGUCUCUGUAUAUUUGGAAAAGAAAAAAAAGACAUUACAUCUUAAAUCGAGUUUCCCUGCAGACUUCCAAAACGGAGAGUAGACAGGUGAAGACAGCAUCACACACAGGAACCCGAAGUUGCUGGUUGGUGCUGAGAGGGGAUGGUAUGAGAACUCUACUAUAGACUCCAUGUCACAGGCUUUCCUGGGAGACUGGAGAUGUUCUUGGACCGGUGCACAGGCUGUGAAGGAUCGUUUUUCUUGGAAUUGUAGGUACUAUACAGCACACUUGAUGGAUAGGAUAGUCUUGGAAGAGCCGUUGCCUCUGACAGGCGGAUGCUUUCUCGUGAUGGAAGAUGCUGUAUUUCUAUAUGCUGUGCUGGAGUGAAAUACGUGAUAGUAAAGCCAUCUGUGUGAAGGGAUUGCUGCGAGUCACAGAAGCUGUGGUGUGCUGUGCCUCGCCUGCCUGCAUGACCGAAGUGCAGUCCUCAUCCAGCCUCACAAUACAGUAGCACGACCUGCAGGGAUUGGCUUUCAUGCAGAGGGGGCUGCUGCAAAUGGCAUAAAUCUUCCCAGAGACAACUUGGCUAAGAGUGGUUGAACGGAAAUUGAUUGCUGCUUUCUGGCUAUUGAGUGUUACUCUGACAGUCCUGUGUGAUAAUCCACAGGCAGGAAUCAUGCCGGCGUUAUCAACUGGACCUGGAAAUGACACAGGUCUGUAUGAGCUGCUGGCUGCGUUGCCGUCUCAGCUCCAGUCACAUGUGGACAGGCAGGAAGACCGGACCUUCCUUCGAGAUAUGUUUGGUGAAAAAAGUCUCCAUUCACUGAUGAAGAUUCAUGAGAAGCUCCAGCACUAUGAGAAGCAAUGCCCAUCACCUGUCCUUCACACUGCGGCCUCCUUGGCGAAUGAUCUGGCUGAGGAGCUGCAGAGCAAGCCAAUGAACAGCGAGACUCAAGAGCUGCUGAAGUUGCUGUCCAGACCUCAUGUCAAGAGUUUACUUUCUGUCCACGACACAGUAGCUCAGAAGAGCUACGACCCAGAAUUGCCUCCUUUGCCAGAUGAUAUUGAUGAUGAUGAAGAUUCAGUGAAGAUUAUCCGCCUGGUCAAGAACAAGGAGCCACUAGGGGCAACAAUAAAAAGAGAUGAAAACACAGGAGCUGUUGUUGUUGCAAGAAUAAUGAGAGGAGGAGCCGCUGACAGAAGUGGUCUAAUUCAUGUGGGGGAUGAACUGAGGGAGGUGAAUGGAAUUCCUGUGGAGGAUAAGAAACCUGAGGAAAUCAUUCAUAUUUUGGCCCAGUCACAAGGAGCAAUAACAUUUAAGAUCAUACCAGGCAUCAACGAGGACACAAGCAGCAAGGAACCCAAGAUGUGUGUUAAAACCCUUUUUGACUAUGAUCCUAAUGAGGACAAAGCGAUCCCAUGUAAAGAAGCUGGGCUCCCUUUCAAAAUGGGAGAUGUCCUUCAGAUCAUGAGCCAGGAUGAUGCAACUUGGUGGCAGGCCAAACUGGAAGGUGAUGCCAACCCCCGAGCAGGCCUGAUCCCUUCCAAACACUUCCAGGAGAGGAGAUUGGCACUGAGAAGGCCUGUAACCCUUGUUCAUCCUCAAAGAAAUUCAAACAGAAGAUUGUAUGCUGAAAGUGGUCCCCAUGUAAACGGAUUCUACAUAGCUGGUUUACGGAGAAGCUUUCGACUCAGCAGAAAAGACAGAAAAACAAACAAGUCGAUGUACGAGUGCCAGAAGAGCGAGCAGUACGACAUGGCUGAUGUACCGACAUACGAAGAGGUGACCCCGUACCAGAGACAGUCCAGUGACAAGUACAGGCUGGUGGUGCUGGUUGGUCCUGUGGGAGUGGGAUUAAAUGAGCUGAAAAGGAAACUGCUGGUUUCUGAUCCCCAGCAUUACGGUGUGACAGUGCCAUACACCACGAGACCGAAGAGGAGCCAGGAGAGUGACGGUGUGGAAUACCACUUCAUCUCCAAGCACCUGUUUGAGACAGAUAUACGAAACAGCAAGUUUAUCGAAUAUGGUGAAUACAAAGGAAAUUAUUAUGGAACCAGCCUUGACUCUAUUCGCUCAGUGUUGAUGAAGAACAAGGUGUGCCUGUUGGAUGUGCAGUCACAUACGAUAAAACACUUAAGAACAUCAGAAUUUAAACCCUUUGUGAUUUUUGUGAAGCCACCGCCAAUCGAACGACUGCGAGAAACCAGAAAAAACGGCAAGGUCAUCUCCAGCAAAGACGACAAGAGCUCUGCAAAGUCUUUCACGGAGGAAGAUUUUCAGGAAAUGAUCAGUGCAGCACAGAUGAUUGAGAACCAACAUGGCCAUCUGUUUGAAAAAGUCAUUGUGAACGAUGAUCUAGUGACAGCCUUUAAUGAAAUGAAGACUGCGUUGAAAAAGCUGGAAGUGGAGACUCACUGGGUCCCAGUGAGCUGGAUACACUCUUAACCAAAAAGGGAUGAACUGGAACAUUUCACUUUCUCAAAAGCAUGCAACAUUUGACUUUAUUCAAGGCAUUAAAAAGCUCCAAAAACAUUCAAACAACCCCUUGUACUGUCUUUCUGAGGGGCAGUUUCUUAACCUGAAUUCAGUUACUGACACUAGAUUUGUUUUUUUUUGUUUGUUUUUUUAAAUAUACAGAAGUUAUCUUGUCAAAAGGAGUGCUUACCAGUUUAACUGCCAGUUAGCAGUGUGCCAGUGUGGACUUGUUUCUUUGUAUUGUUUUAACAUUAGUUUUAGAAACCAAAGGGAUUAUUUUUUGGAAUGUCGAAGGUUGUACAUUUUUUGCAUAUAAAGAACAGAUGUCUAAUGUUAUUUAAACAUGAAAACUUAAUAUAUUAUUUUAAUCAACUGCUUUUUUAAAACUACAUAUGCAUAUUUCCCCAGCAACCUCUCGAUUUUUUACAAUCAAAUUUAGUACGUAGAUUACAUAAUGGUAUAUUCUAAUGAUAUUUGAAUGAUUAACAGUAAAUACCCCCCACCCCCCUGGUCCAGUGGUGAUAUUCAUCAUCAACAUUAUUAAACACAAUAAAACUACAGUGGGGAAAAGUUCUCAUUAGAAUAGGUUUACUAGUUUGAGGGCGGAGGUUUAUAAAUGCACUGCUGUUAAGAUCAUUUAAAAAAAUACACUAUUACCAGUGUUUUAAAUAACGUUUUUUUAGAUGCAGGUCUAGAGGAUAACGCAUUGUUUUUUCUACUUUUAUUUUUUAAAAAUGCGCUUUUUGGGCAUUUCUAAGAAGUUACUUGCAGAAGAUAAUGAUGCACCCAGUACCUAGUGUAAAAAAUCCACCUUGCUUGUAGGGUAUGAGGCAGUUUUUCUGUACAAGCUAUCUGGCUUUGGCUACCACUUCCUAGAGGUUUACUGAAACUUGUAUAAUUAGGGUGGAGUUGAAUUUUCUUGCUGUAUUUUUACAACAGGGAGUGUAAUAUAAGGUUCAAAACAUUUCCAGAUUUACUACUGAAGUAAAUGUUUAAUUGUGACUCCUGACUAACAGGGUGUGUUGUUUUUAAUUUAAAAACACAUAACUUAUUUGGUGGCGGGGCGGGGGUAACAUGCGGUUAAGUGUAUCUGCAACACCUAGAAGUGAAGAAUUUAGUGAAAAACUGAAAGGAUGCAACAGGGAAAGUUGUAUCUGUUGUUGUGUGUGUUUUUAGAAGUGUCUGUUCUAGAUAUAGACGUUGGCUUUGUACAGGUGUGCUCAACAUUCCAUGUAAAUAUUUACAUCUCCUUGUGCAGGUCAACUCACCAGUGGUGCACUGUAAUUGUAUUUCAACAGUUGAUGAUGAUGCAUAUUAUUAUUAUUAUUAUACAGUAUGUUUUUAACUGAGUGUUGUAUUAUAAUGUUAGACAAAUAUCCAGCUAAACUGUUAGUACUUCUUCCGAGCAUAUGUAAAUCUGUUAACAAGGAAGGUUACCUGUAUCCACAGUACAGCCUUUGAGGUUUCAAAUUAAAUGUGCUUCCAUUGCCCAUCAUGCAGUUUUUUUUAAACAUCUGUUACUGGAAUUCAUUAUUUUUUGGUGAUUUUGUGUUGCUUUAACCGUACAAACCCAUGUUUUGUACUCAGUUUUCUCUAUUUACAAUAAGUCUGCCAACUGGAGAAGCAGAUUUAUUUAAUUUCUUUCACAAAGUACAUUAAAUAAUUAACUGUAUAAAUCAA